AUGUCGCCCACUUCGAGCGUUCAGAGGCACGCUCUUCCAUGUGCCCCGGAUCCCUAUCUCUCAACUACAUCUGAUCCAGAAGAACUUUCCUUUCAAGCCAGCGCGAUUCGUCUUACACCUGUCGGAAGUCCACACAGUAGGCCGGGUUCAUCCCCUCACGCUAUUGACCCCACAGUUCAGCCGAGCUAUUUGGACCUCAACACGUGUACCUCCCCUCUCUCCGAGCGAGUUUUUAUUAAACCAGAGGAUAUCGAGCUGGGCAAUCCGAGCAGGUGGAGAGAUGACAGCUAUUCAUCACACAAGAGUGAGGCCAGUGCGACUGUUGAUCCCAUUUGGUCUUCACCCAUGGCGCCAAGCGCCUUCCCGUGGCACGGAAUGAGCUCCGAAAAUCCAAAUUCAUCCUCUACAUUGACAGGCCUGGAGUCCCAUGGUAAUCACGUGCCAACCGUUCAUAAUGUAGAACCAUCCCGAUUUGCGCCUUCAGUCCAGGAGUCGGACGUGCUGAAUUCAGGUGAAACUAGAGGGAGAAGCCCAGUUAUCAAAUUUACCAAGUUCUCUCGAGGCGAUUCCCCCAACGAACGCAACAUACACCAAAAGCGAAUCAGUCAGUCAUCGGGACAUUUACUUGUGGACCCCGACGAGUCGGGAGACGACCAUGAUGGCCGAUCAACCUCACCGGCGCCCUUGAAACGAUCCAAUGACGGCACGUGGCCUGAAGAUUCAUCCAAACACCACCCAUCGGGCAUUGAACCGGGUUCCCGCGAUGAUCAAUACGUGCCAAGUCCGAACGACAUCCACCUCCACAGAGUAAAAGAAGAGAGAGAUGGGGACAUCAAAUCCUGGUCUGUCUGUGUGAGUGAAGCUAACAGUGACGCGGGAGGCUCGCCUAGGCCCCCGCGCCCUCGGCUACAUGUCCCGAGGAGAGUGCGAGCAAGAAGCACUGGAGAUAAUCCCCUGGCACGAGAGGAUUAUUUCACCCUCAACUCUCACACUGGAGACCGAUCGUAUCCUGGACCGGGUAUCUUGGUCUAUGAAAGCAGUGACAGCCUGAGCGAAGACGAAGAGAGUAUCGGCACAUAUUCGGACGAGACGUCAGCGGAGGUUGACGAUCCUGAAAGAUAUGAUCGCAGCACACCUGAAGUUUACUCAUCGUUCUCGCCAACCAAAGCAGAUGAGAGUAUCCGUCUGUAUCCCUGGCAUGAUCCCCCACGCGACCCAACACCCAGAUCGCACGCCAUGCAGCCGGAUAGCUCCACCGACGCUAUGAUAGCCUUUGAGAGGCGCGUACGAGACCUCGAGACGGCGUCUCUCGCAGCAACAGUCGAUAACAACAGCAUUUUCAAUGUGACCACUUCCCUCGAGAACUUCUCUUUGGACAGCAGGGAUCAACCGAGAAAGCGAACGAGUCUUCUCAGGCGUCCUUUCCUGCAAGCUUCUUCGAUGUUGAAGCGGCAAGCGUCCGACUUGUCGAUCGGUCAUGGCAGCACUUACCCUGGACUUCAGCGCGAUACCGAGGACCCCCAGGUGAAACAAAGUCACUCACCGCGUAACCCAUUCUCGAACCGUCGCCAUUCGCGAUCGCCAAGCUUGAGCAACGCGCUGAUGGCAAUGACUAGUCAGAUAGCCAGUGUUGGUGGUAGCCAGCCUGUCCGAGCAGUCCCGCCUGCACCAUCUCCACCAGAGCGGAGUUCUACGAAGCUCCACCAGUUCACCGGCCGAGGUCGAAGCAGAAGCGAAAUCCCUCGACCAAGUAGCCCGGGCCUGAUCAACCUGAUGACUGCCCACGGGGGACCACCAGUUCCAAAUAUUUCGUCUCCUCGUGCCAGUCACGAGGCGGCUCAGACACCUACCAGUACACUUCUAGACCCGAAUACCGGAGGACCGGAGGACGAGCAUGACAUUGACAUGAGCGACAUGAAAGGGGUGGCCAUGGAUUUCCCUGCCAUCCAGAGUCUCCCCGUUCCAACUUUUGAAGGGUUCAGAUCACAGAUCAUGCAAAUGAACCCCAGGCUGGAACCGGCUCUUAUUCACCGUCUCGCAAAUGAGCAAGAUCGCCGAUACAGACUUCUGGUUGGCUUGCAACAGCACCACGCACACGCGGCUGCCAACCGGUCGUGUAAAUCUGCAGAUUUCUGUUUUGCUCAGGGUGGCCAAGAAUCAUUAUUGCAGGACCCCACGGCCUCGGCCGAGACCGAGGCCGCACAGAUUCAGUUCCGCGUGAGCAACUUCACCGACGGCCACGAGCAAGUAUAUGCGAUCGGGGAGGAUGCGGGAACCGCGGCUCAAUUUCCCCCUGGAGUCCCCUCUCCGCCAGUCAAACGUCUCCCCGCCCGCUUCGAAUGUCCGAUCUGUUUCCAAGUGAAAUCGUUUAAGAAACCAUCCGACUGGUCUAAGCAUGUCCAGGAAGAUGUGCAACCUUUCACCUGCACAUUCCCCAAUUGUAAUGAGCCCAAGUCCUUCAAGCGUAAAGCAGACUGGGUGAGACAUGAGAAUGAGAGACAUCGACACUUGGAGUGGUGGACCUGUGCAUUCCACGAGUGCAAUCAUAUUUGCUAUCGUAAAGACAACUUCGUGCAACAUUUGGUUCGAGAACACAAAAUGCCCGAACCAAACAACAAGAAAAAAGGCAGUACGACCGAAGAGAGGCCGAGUAGCCGAAGGGAGCAAGACCUUGAGCGAUUAUGGCAAAUGGUCGAAGAAUGUCGGCAUGAGACUGACCGAUCCCCCCAAUCAGAGCCGUGUCGCUUCUGCGGGAAUGUCUGUAACGAGUGGAGAAAGUUGUCAGUCCACCUUGGCAAGCACCUGGAACAGCUAGCCAUGCCUGUCCUCCGAUUAUCAAAACCUAGUGCCCCGAUCCCUGUCGUCCCUGUCAACAAUCUAGUGGGGCGAUCGGCAACACCCCUCGCUCCAUACUCAACACACGAAACGUCUCUGCAGCCGCAGUAUGCGCCUCCAAACGUUAGCAACCCCCUCAACCCGCUUGACUACUCCAUCUCUGGCACCGAACUUUCUAUGGAACCAGACUCUAUGUCAGAAGAGUCCCUUGAUUAUCGGUAUCUUGGUUUCCAGGGUCCACAUCCGGCUCAGGAGCAGGCCCAGACCCAGACCCAUCCCCUGCAUCAAAACUCGACAUAUCCACCGCUUUUUAACGCCGUUCCGCGCCCGAGUUCCCCGGAAUUGAGUGCUAUUCACUCAUAUCCUGUUCCUCAAUUUCGGGUCUUCCCCGCGGACUACUACCAGCCCGUGGAGGCGAAUAUUCCUUACACAGCCACUUAUUCUUCUGGAUAA